UUCAUCUCUGCUGGAGUCGUCGGGAUAAAGCGGCACCGAGGCGCAUCGUCGGCCAGACAAGGCUGAAACAAACUCACAGUUUGUUUGUUUGUUUGUUUUUUCUUCUUAACAUUUCAUCACCUGCACAGAGCUGCAACCAGAAUGAUCAUGAUGAGUGACAAGUGGACCCUCUCCACCCCGUGCUCCUCCUCCCAUGCUGACUAUCACAGAGAGGCGUUAUCACACAACACACUGUUUGUUUUACAAACACGGACCCCAACAGUAAACAGGAAACUGUAAACACACCUGGUGCCACGUGGGUUUCAUUAACAACAAGCCUCCUCCACAAGUGGCUCACCUAUGUCUAUCGUUGGGUAAAAUACAGAAUGGACCUGCUGCCUGACGUAUGGCGACACGACUACUGGCUUCCUCCAGGUGUGACCUGGAAAGACAUGGAACAGCUAGCAGACUCUGAUCGGCCGCUACCCAAGGACCUUCUCAUAAGUCUUCCCCUCGCACUGGGCUUUAUCGCCCUGCGCUACCUGUUUGAGAGGUUUAUUGCCCCACCCAUUGGCAGAUGUUUGGGGGUGAAGAAUAGAUUGAAUGUGAGUGCCGCUCCUUCCCCGACGCUGGAGUCGUUUUACACCCAGAGGAGCAGGCGGCCAACACAGAGUGAAAUAGUUAGUUUGAUGUCGCUGUGUGGCAAAACCCAGAGGCAGAUUGAGACCUGGUUCAGACUUCGCAGGAACCAAGACAGACCCUGUCGAACCACAAAGUUUGGCGUGGCCGCUUGGAGAUUCUUUUUCUAUUUCAUAGCCUUCACGGCUGGACUGGCCAGUUUGAUUGAUAAACCCUGGUUUUGGGACACCUACGAAUGUUGGAGGGAAUAUCCAGUUCAGCCCAUGGAGAGAGCUCAAUACUGGUACUACAUGCUAGAGUUGGGUUUUUACAUCUCUUUGCUCCUCCAGAUCUCUGUGGACAUCAAGAGGAAGGACUUUAAAGAACAGGUGAUUCACCAUUUGGCCACCAUCUUCCUGCUCAUUUUCUCCUACUGUGGCAACUGGAUCCGCAUCGGCACCUUGAUCAUGGUGCUUCAUGACUGCUCUGAUGUCCUGCUGGAGGCUGCCAAAAUGUUCAACUACGGCACUGGCUGGAGGGGAAUGUGUAACACACUGUUUGUUGUGUUUACUUCGGCCUUCUUUGUGACUCGACUGGUGAUUUUCCCCAGCAAAAUCAUCCACAACACCCUGACACGGUCCAUGGAGAUGUUUGAACCUUGUUUUAUCUACUACUUUUUCAACACCCUGCUGAUGGUGCUGCAAGCUCUUCACAUCUUCUGGUUUGGCAUUAUCUUACGCAUGGUCUAUAAACUCCUGGAAGGCAAGAUGAAUAAAGAUGAACGCAGCGAUGAAGAGAGUGCACUUGAAGAAGAAGAAGAUGAUAAAGGAGGAGAGGAAAAUGUGCCUCAAGGAGACUGCUGGGAGAAAAGUAAAGACACGCUGAACUCGAGGCUGUCCACGCACAGUUGUGUCCUAAAUAACUUGACCAACCACAGGAUGUCUGUAGCUGACAAAAUGCGUAAAGCUCAGUAAAGUCUAGAUGAUAUUUAUUCCAUAUAGUUCUGCAAUCUCAAAAACUAAAACAGCCACGUUUUACAUUCUGAGUGAUAUAUGAUGGGUGUGAGCCACUGACCUCUUUCCUGCUUCACGCUUAAGUGGAAUGAGACAAGUAAAGUGGUGAAUCGUUAGUUCUAGUAAAAUGCUGACAUAGCAGAGGACAGUUUCGAUCUAUCGACCUCUGGGGUAUGGGCCCAGCACGCUUCAGCUGCGCCACUCUGCUAGAGACCCCAGAUGGGACUCAGACCCACAAUCCCUGGUGUAGGAGGCCGGUGUCUUAUCCAUUAGGCCACUG